AUGGGCGCUAUUUCUGCCGUCUUCCUUAUCCUCAUCACGAUUUUCUUCCCUCCCAUCGGCGUCUGGGCCGUUGCAGGAUAUCUAUUCAUCAACAUCUGCUUGACCCUUCUUGGCUUCCUUCCAGGUCAUAUCCAUGCCUUCUACCUUGAGUACAUCUACUACGAUCGCCGAGAACAGGCACGCGAGGGCCGUUUUGCGACAGGACCUGCGCCUGGCAUUUACUCGGAUAACGUGCAGACUGGCGGUCAGGGCUAUGGAACAAUGGGACGCGCAGCAUAG